GCCCCGUGGCCCGCGUCAGUGUUGCGCAGAUUCGGUUUGAACCGAAAGCGGAGUGUGACCUUCCCUGGCGGCGGAGACCGGCAGGAGACCGAGCGAGCGGACCCAUGUCAGCACUCCCGUCCACGACCCUCGCCACGGAGAUGAACAGCAACUUAGCCGGAGAUGAAAUCGGGAAGCUGUUUGUGGGUGGACUGGAUUGGAGCACCACCCAGGAGACUUUGCGAAACUACUUCUCUCAGUACGGAGAGGUUGUGGACUGCGUCAUCAUGAAAGAUAAAAGCACAAACCAGUCCAGGGGCUUUGGCUUUGUGAAGUUUAAAGACCCCAACUGCGUACGGACCGUCCUGGACACCAAACCUCAUAACCUGGAUGGAAGAAACAUCGACCCAAAGCCUUGUACACCUAGAGGUAUGCAGCCUGAGAAGAACCGGGCAAAAGACGGCUGGAAAGGAAGCAAAAGCGACAGCAAUAAAUCCAAGAAGAUAUUUGUGGGCGGAAUUCCUCAUAAUUGCGUCGAAGCUGAACUCAGGGAUUAUUUCAACAGAUUCGGAGUGGUCACAGAGGUGGUAAUGAUCUAUGACGCAGAGAAACAGAGGCCUCGAGCUGUUCUGUCCCAACACCCUGCUGCUCUGUUGACUUUUGGUCGUUGGCUAGGUUUUGGAUUUAUUACUUUCGAGGCCGAACAAUCAGUGGACCAGGCUGUCAACAUGCAUUUUCACGACAUCAUGGGCAAAAAAGUUGAAGUGAAGAAGGCGGAGCCACGGGACAGCAAAGCUCCGGCCCCCGGUCAGCUGGGAGCCAAUCAGUGGGGGCCCCGAGCCAUCUUAAGCGCAGCCAAUGGCUGGGCAGCACAACCGGCUCCGAGCUGGCAGCAGAGCUACGGGCCUCAGGGUGUUUGGGUGUCUACAGGUCAACCUCUUGGUGGGUACGGACCCCCUUUACCUGCUGGCCGUGGGGCUCCCGCACAACCUCCUUCUCCAUUUAAUGCAUUUCUAGUUGCAGCACCACCUACAGGGGGAUUUGGGGCACCUCAGGGAUACCCCCAGCAGGGCUUCAGCACGCAACCUCAGUUUGGAUAUAGCUUUGGAACACCUCAAGGUGACCAGUUUGUAGCACAGGGAAUGCCUCCCCCUCCCGCCACGCCGGGCGCAGGCCCUUUAGGUUUCGCCCCAGCGACGACCCCCUCUCAGGACCUGAGCAAAGCCGCCCCAGCACAGCCAGACUUCUCCUACAGCCAGUAUGAUGCAUUGGACACACUUUGGCCACGUACGCACCACAAAGCUGCUUUAAAGAACGAAAUCACUUCAUGAUCGGACGUACAGAAUUGACCACAGCUACACCAAAAGGAAAAAAUGGAUUCAACCUGAUUGUUACCCAUUUUCAACCAAUUUUGACUGAACUCGUAAAUCCAAAGUGUACUUUUUAACUACCAUUUUACAAUGAUCGACAGUAAUAUUCAGUGAUUGCUGUUGUUGUUGUUUUUUCAAAUUCUGCAUUUAAAAUAUAGGCAGUUAUUUACAUGAUUGAUGUCAUUUAAGUAAAUGUGGCGAGACAAGCAUUUUUUUUUCAACGUAUUUUAGCCAUACAAAGACUAAAUGGGUGCAUAUAAAAAUGACUAAAAAAACUUCUUUAAAAAAUCUAUUUAAAGCCGGUGUUUAUAUAAAUGUGUUAAAUAAGCAUUUUUUAUUUUUUUAUUUUUUUAAAUAAGCAAUCUUUUUAAUAAAUGUUACCUCUAAUGUCAAAGUUUGUAGAAAUAAUAGUAAUUAAUCGGUUAAAGAGACAGUUCACCCAAAAAUGAAAAGAUGCCAAAGAUGCAUUGAACGGGUCAAAAUCAAAAAUCUUUGGUGCAAAAAAUCAUUAGAAUAUUAAGAUCAUGUUCCAUGAAGAUAUUUUGUACAUUUCCUACAGGAAUCAAAAGUUAAUUUUUGAUUAGUAACGUGCAAGAACUUCAUUUGGACAACUUUAAACGAUUUUCUCGAUAUUUAUUUUUUGCACGAUUUUAAAAUGGUUGCAUUUCAGCCAAAUGUUGUCCCAACCUAACAACCCAGACAUCGUUGGAAAUCUUAUUUAUUUAAAAAUCACCCUCAUUGCUGUUUUUUUGUGCACAUUUUUGAGUGAACUGUCCCUUUAAGUACCGUUUGUACCAUUUAAAGUCAAUUUGUCAUAGUGCACGUGGCAUUUUUACAGCACUUAUCCUCUGUGCAGAAGCAUACUUUGGAUUUAAGAGAAGUGUCACCGUAUUUAUCUGCGGCGCGUACGUGGCCCCUUUGUCUCGAAGUCAAAAAAAUCGAGCAGACGCCAAAACAAACGCCGAGGGGGUCACAAGAGGUGUCCAGAAAGCCCGGUCGCAUGCUGGUCCGUGCAGGUUUACUGGUGUUUAAUAUCACGUCCCAUGUUUUCAUGUC